UAGAAAAUAAUAAUUCUUCAUGGUAUCAGAGCCUUCGUCUCUCUCGACCAAACCCUAGCUGCGCCACCUUCUCCUUUGGCCGAACCCUAGUUCCGCCACCCCUCUCCUGCAGCGCCGCACGUCAUCGGCAGAAGCGCAGCUCCCAUACCUGCAGUGUCUCUGCCUCUGCAGGCGCAACUCUCUCUCUCUUUCGACAGGCGCAGUUCUCUCUCCUCCGGCAACACCAUGUCCGAGAAAACCCCCGUUACCGGCUCGGAAACCUCCUCUCCGACUCCCCACUUGGCUUUCACCACUAUUUCCAAUGUAAAGCUACAUGUUCCGAUUCUUCUCAGCUUCUCCGAGCCAAACUACAAGAAGUGGAGUCGGCUUUUCCUCCUCCUCAUUCGCCGGUUCUCUUUGGGUGGGUUUCUCACCGGCAAAUCGUCACCGUCGAGUGACGAUGACGACGAAUGGUUCCAACUUGACGCCCUCAUUCAAGGAUGGAUCUUAUCUACGGUGAAUGAUGAAGUGUGUGAUCUUGUGCUUUCCACUACCAAAUCGGCCUCGGAAUUAUGGAAGUCUAUCUAUAAUCUCUUUCACAACAAUAAAGCGGCUCGGGCUAUGCAACUUGAACACCAAUUCCGCACCACCACGAAGGGGUCUCUCUCUAUGGCCGCCUAUUGCCAAACCCUUCGUAACCUAACGGAUUGGUUGGAUGAUGUGGAUUCCACCGUGUCUGAACAACAGCUCGUUCUCCAAGUUCUUCGUGGGUUACCGGAUGACCUUCGUGGUCAAACGUCCUUCCUCCAAUAUCAAACGCCGCCCCCUACUUUUCUCCAAUCCCGGUCGGCCCUUCUCCUCCUCGAACAACAACGGGCAGAUCUGGGGACUGGCGGGGCCAUGGGGGACAGUGGCACGGCUCUAUACGCCGGCAGCGGUGGUUCCGGCGGUGGUGACUCACGGCGGUACGGCAGCACUGGUGGAGGCCGGGCAGAUUCCAGCGGAAGGGGCAGUCCUGGGCAGUCACAGCACAACCGGCAACGCGGGGGGACAGCAGAGGGGCCGUGGUCGCGGCCGAAGCUCCGGGUCGAAUGCACGGCACACCCACGGGCUGAUUACCGGACAAUUCACCAACCCAAACCCUAACCCGGGUCUCCUCGGCCCUCGACCGAAUCCCCACCCAUACCCACAGGCCU